AUGAGCACGAAACGAAAAUCGUUCGGCGACCAAGGCCGGCCGCACAAGAAGCCCAAGCCGAAUCAUGGCAGCGGCAGCGGCAGCGGCAGCAAGAGAGUCGGCCAGCCCACACUCAUAUUCGCAGCAAGACCCGACUGGCACGCCGCAGAGUUACCAUCGCUCGAAGAAAAGGAGAUUGUGUCUCUGCCGCCACAACAGACGAUCGACGAGCUGUACCAGUACGCGACUGCUCUGCUCGAGGCAGAGAACAAGGCCUACAAUGACUCCCACCUCACCGGCUCGUCUUCGCACAAAUUCCUGUCUACCAUCAUGGCUUCAGGUACCCUCGAGGACAAAAUAUCGGCCUUGACGCUUCUGGUACAAGAAUCGCCUCUGCAUACAACGAAAGCUUUCGAAAACCUCCUGGGCUUGUCAAAGAAGAAGAGCAGGAAUCAAGCGUUGCAGGCCUUGGCGGCAUUGAAGGACUUGCUAGGGCAAGGUGUCGUCUUACCAGGAGAUCGCAAGCUACGCCCUUUUGCCAAACAACCUGGGCUUCUCGCAGUCCUACAAGGGAAGUCUGUGCGUUGGCAACGUGGAGAUGCGCUGCCAAAUGGUUUGCAGAAGACUCAUCUUCUUGUAUGGGCUUUCGAAGACUGGCUAAAGAAGAGGUACUUUGAACUGCUAGGGAUUCUGGAAACGUGGUGCAGUGAUGAAAUCGAAUACUCCAGGAGCCGUGCUAUUACCUAUGUCUUUGAACUGCUGAAGGAUAAGCCGGAGCAGGAAGAGAAUCUGCUGCGAUUACUUGUGAACAAGUUGGGAGAUACAGAGCGAAAAAUCGCAUCGCGAGCCUCGUAUCUGCUUUUGCAGCUCGAAAAUACACAUCCAGCAAUGAAGACAAUCAUUACGAACAGUAUUGAAGCAGACUCGUUAUUCAGACCUGGCCAGAGCGAUCAUGCGAAAUACUAUGCCAUUAUCACCCUCAAUCAAACGAUCCUCAGUCAAAAGGAGGAAGAGCUGGCAAACAGGCUCCUGGAUAUAUACUUCUCUCUGUUCGUGCAGUUGCUGAAGCCAGUGGAGAAGGAUCGACCAACAGUGAAGGCAAAUGCUAAAGCUCCCCAUCAAGGCGGAGGCGGCAAAGCAGGCAAAAUGGCGGCCAAGAAGCGGAAGGCCGAGGAGCGAAGUGAAGAAUCUGCGACACAGCUCCACGACAAGAUGGUUGCACAGGUACUGGCCGGAGUAAAUCGAGCGUUCCCUUUCGCUGACACCAGCGACCCAACAUUCGAGCAGCAACUUGACACCAUCUUCCGUGUAGCUCACGCCUCAAACUUUAAUACCAGCAUUCAGGCCUUGAUCCUGCUACAACAAAUAUCGUCAAGGAAGCAUUUCGGCGCGGAACGAUUCUACAAGACACUCUACGAGAGCUUGUUAGACCCAAGGCUCUUCUCGAGCAGCAAACAGGUCAUGUACCUCAACCUGCUGUACAAGAGCUUGAAAGCGGAUCUCAACGCGAAGCGUGUGCAAGCAUUCGUGAAAAGGCUCCUACAAGUCAUAACAAUGCAUGAACCGCCAUUUGCAUGCGGAGUGCUUUACCUGAUAAGCGAGCUGGAAAACACGUUCCCCAGCAUCCGCAAAAUGUUGACAGAGCCUGAACUCGCAGACGAAGACGAAGAAGAGCAUUUCGUAGAUGUUCCAGAAGGUGGGCAGAGCCUCGAACAAGAGCAAGCAACUCCAGCUAGAAAAGUCGCCUACGAUCCGAGAAAACGAGAUCCAGAGUAUUCAAAUGCCGAGCGCACCUCGCUGUGGGAUAUUCUUCCACUGUUGCGACACUUCCAUCCAUCUGUCGCACUCUUUGCAGAGGCUGUUUUCGGUACGAAGAAGAUGCCGCCAAAGCCGGACCCGACACAGCAUACCCUGAUGCAUUUCCUCGACCGAUUCGUGUAUCGUAAACCCAAGACGAAGCAAGAUAAGACGCAUGGCGCUUCUAUCAUGCAACCGUUGGUUGGUAGCAAUGCUGCCGAUCUCUUGGUCAAGCCAGGCGAGGCCGUCACUCGACAAGCGCCACUCAACUCUGAUUCUUUCUGGGCGAAGAAGGUGGAAGAUGUUGCUGCGGAUGAAGUUUUCUUCCAUUCCUACUUCAAUGCUGCAGACAACAAGAAGCGCAAGGUUGGAGAGAAGAGAGGGAAGAUGUCUCAAGAGUCUGUUGACAGUGAUAGCGAUGCAGGAGAGGAUGAGAUCUGGCAGGCCAUUGCGAAUUCGAGACCAGAAGUUGAGGGACCAGAUUCCGACGACGACCUCAGCAUGGCAGACUUGGAAUCUGCUUAUUCCAAGAGUGAUGGAUCUGAGUCGGGUAUUGACCUUGGUGGGAAUGAAGACGAGCCUGUUCAAGAUUCAUUCGCAGAGAUGGAUGGAAUGGACGGCAGCGAUAUGGAAGACAUACCCGACUUCGAUGACGAGGAAGCAAUGCUUGGAUCAGAUGAUGAGGUACCAUUAGGCUUGCCGGAGGAAAGCUUGGAAGUGACGGACAAGACGACACGGAACAAGAAGAAGCGACAGGAGCGGAAGCGUCUGCGCGAUAUGCCUGUUUUUGCGUCAGCAGACGAUUACGCACGUCUACUUGGUGACGAUGAGGGUAUGUAAAUAGCACAGACAAAUGCGCCGCAUUGGCUGCGUGGGUCGCGCUUGUGAAAACGGCUUGCUGCCUUGCCACCU